AUGGGGGAUGCACAGCCUCACUUGCCCACCAAGUUUGGUCCCUUCCUCGCCACCCCCACCAAGUUUGACCAGCGGUACUAUGUCUGCUCGGAGCACUACAAGCCUGGAGGCCCAAUCUUCUUUUACCUGGGGAAUGAGGCGGAUGUGACGCUCUACCUUAAUAACUCUGGUCUGAUGUGGGAGCUGGGCCCCAAGCACUCGGCACUGCUGGUGUUUGCAGAGCACCGGUACUAUGGCGAGAGCAAGCCCUUCAAGAAGAGGACGCGGCACAGCAUGCACUGGCUGACCACCGAGCAGGCCAUGGCCGACUAUGCGGAGCUGAUCUGGGAACUGAGGACCGAGCUGGGCGAUGUGGACGCCCCCGUCGUGGGAUUUGGGGGGUCCUACGGCGGCAUGCUUGCGGCCUGGUUCCGCAUGAAGUAUCCGCACCUCCUGGACGGGGCCAUUGCCGGAUCAGCCCCCAUCUGGACGUUUCUGGGGGAGGAUCCUGCGUACGACGCCGGUGGUUUUGCCGCCGUGGUCACGCGAGACGCCAGCGAGGAGGGCGGCUCUGCGCCGGCCUGUGUCGCCAACGCAAGGGCUGGGUGGAAGCUGCUUUUCAAGCUGGGGGAUUCGGAGGCGGGGAGGCACAAGCUGUCGCAGGCCCUCGGCCUCUGCAGCCGGGCAGCCCCGCGGACCAGCGCCGACGUGGAGGCGCUGGCCGAGUGGCUCCAGGGGGCCUGGGACUACCUGGCCAUGGGCAACUAUCCCUACCCCAGCGGAUACAUGCUGAACGGCGACGGCGAGCUGCCGGCGUACCCCGUGCGGGUGGCCUGUCAGCACCUGGCGGAUCCACAGCUGCCCAAUGACCACCAGGCGCUGUUGAGGGGCCUGGGUCUUGCAUCCGGCGUGUUCUACAACCACUCUGGCAACCUGCCGUGCUUCGACUGGGAACAGGGAGCCAAUCCUGAGGAGGACGAGGUGGAGGACCUCUGGGGCUACCAGGCAUGCACCGAGCAGUUCAUGCCCUUCAGCCGGGAUGGCGAGAAUGACAUGUUCUGGCCACAGCCCUUUGACCGAAAGAAGGAGGUGAAGAGAUGCCAGAAGACGUGGGGGGUGACCCCACGUGCCUACUGGCCCAGCAUCGAGUGGGGAGGCAGACGCUUGGAGGCUGCUAGCAACAUCGUGUUCAGCAAUGGGCUCUACGAUCCAUGUAAGGCUUGCUGUGGUAAUAAGCGGCUGCGAUCGUCAGGCCACGGAGAGGGUGCAUCAGCCAGGGGCUCACACCCAUCUUCCCUUACUGACCAAUUGCUUUGUAGCCAUGGCAAUUCCUGA